UUUUAGAAGUUAUUCAAAUUAACAUUGAGAUUUUAAGAUGGAGGGGAAGUUCAGUGUUUCACUGGUGGAGAAUGAAAUCUAUGAUGCUGUCACCGGGAGUGAAAAAUUAUAUCUUGACCGACAUUAGGUAGAUAUUUAGAGUGAGAGAAGAGAGAGAUUGAGAUCUGAAAAUCGAGAUCUGUGUCAACCGAAUGAACCUUCUCUUCUCCACCUAAUCUCCGAGUCGAAAUUCUCCACUCACUCAAGCAUGGCUUCCAAGUUGUUAAUGAUCACUGUGUUUAUAUUUGAUCUAAUUGCUUUUGGUUUGGCGAUUGCAGCCGAGCGCAGAAGAAGCACUGCAAAGAUUGAGAGCGAUGCAGAACAGAAGUUUGAUUACUGCGUGUAUGCAUCUGACAUUGCGACUGGGUAUGGAGUCGGUGCCUUGUUAUUGGUGAUGGCUAGUCAAGCUCUUAUCAUGGUGGCCAGCCGUUGCUUCUGCUGUGGGAAGCCUCUCAAUCGUGGAGGUUCACGCUCAUGCGCUCUUUUCCUCUUCUUCAUCUGCUGGGUGUCAUUUUUCAUAGCAGAGGUACUCCUGCUGGCUGGUUCAGUGAGGAAUGCUUAUCACACCAAGUACAGAUCGUCCUUCCGAGGAACAACGCUGUCCUGUGAGACAGUGCGGAAGGGCAUUUUCGCCGCUGGAGCAGCCUUCGUCUUCUUCACCGGAAUAACGUCUCAGUUUUACUAUGCUAACUAUUCCCGGGCUAGCAGAAAUGGUGCAGCAACCGGUGCCAAUGGGGCGGUUGGCUACACAUGAUCUGAGCAGCUCUCUUAUUUAGUCCAUCCCACUGGCAAACUUCUUUGAGUUCCAUAUAUAUAAUAAUUUCACAUGUUGUCAUAUCCUUUUACAUUGGGAGUGGCAUCAUAAUUCUUGUGAUCUCAUACCAUUGAAACUUGUUUCUUGUUUCCUUUCCUUCAUUGAGUUUAAGAAAUCAACUUAUGUUUUUUACAUUCUUCCUGUCAUAUUUUAGUUUGAUUCUCAUUGAGUUUAAGAAAUUAAUUUUUGUUACUGUAAAAACAAGGCCGUGUUCUAAAAGGCAUGUAAGAUUUAACAUAAUACUAGGCAGUCGGCAGUCAUGGACCCGGGCCGGGCCGGGCUUUUUUUUGGGAAGGAAGGCCCGGGACCGGCCCGGGUAGCCACCGGGUCCGGGCGGGCCGGGCCUCUGGUUUAGUUAAAAAAAAAUUUUGGCUUUCCUAACCCCCCCCCCUCACCCCCCCAAACCUCCAAACCCCCCAAACCCCUCCUAACCAUCAAGCCCAACCCGGGUGGAACCCCAAAAAAUGAAAAAGAAAAAAAAAACAAUUCGGCCCGGACCCGGGCCUGACCCGGCCGGGCCGGUUCGCCAAAUAUAAGGCCCGAGCCCGGACCCGCCCCCCCCCCCCACCAGGCCUAGGCCCGACCCAGACCUGAGAACCGGGCCGGUCCACAGGCCGGGCGGCCCGAACCGGGUCCAACACUAAUACUCGGCAAUACUCCCUAGUUACUGAAAGUUAAUAUCAUGACCACUUUUUGUCUUUCUAUAAAAAAUCACAUUUUUACUCAUCCGUAUGUUUUUUCUUGAACAAAAGUAAUUAUUAUUAUUACUCCGUAUUUGACAACACUUGCGACUUUGAUUCAAUAUUAGCGUGAUUGAUAUUUGAUAAGAUCAAAUUAUAACAACAUAAUAGUUUCAUAAUGACAUUACUUUACUCCUAUUUAUGGAAAAAAAAUAUGAUAAUUCUUAUAUCCAAGUCUCCUAGAACAAUAUAUCCAAGUCUUAAUCCCAAAAGCAAAAAAUAUGACAUGUUGCUUUUCUCCUAUUUUGAGAAUUUUCAUUUUUAU